AUGCAGGGCGCAAAGUACAGAGGCCUGAAGGCAGUGGCUGAGGAGAUAGGAAGGAAGGCAAGCCACCCAAAGGCAGUACUCGCACAGGUGCCCAUGCAGUACACUCCGCAGCAAAAUACCUGGAAUGCUGGUUUCCAGGCAGCAUUCAUAACCAAUGACCAGCCUGCCACACUGCCUCCAAGCACGGACCGGCCAGUGCGCGCAGCUGCGCAGGAAGCUGCAGAGAAGAUCCACAGGCAGAACCCAGACAGCUGCUCAGACCCAGGCAGCCAAGACAGUGGCAGCGGCGACAGUGGCAUUGAAGGGGAGCAGGCAGCGGGAGGGGCUCUUGUGUACCACUGCUCAGAGGGCAAUGCGCGCAGCAUUGCCAGCAAGGAUCAGCCUGUGGCUAAGGGUGAUAUGACCCUGCCUGUCAUCGAGGGUGACGUAAGCGCAGACGACUUCUGCCGGAUUAUCAGAUCGUCGCAGGCCCUGCGCCGGCAGCUUGAGCAGGAGAACAGGAAGCUGCGUGCGCGCAUGCAGGAGAUGGAGGAAGCCACCAGGAAGCAGGCGGCAGUUGUCAGGAGCCUGCGCAGAGAUAACAUCCUCGCAAAGGGGAACCUGCAGGCAGCUGAGGUAAAGCUGCGCGCAACAGAGCAGGUGAUGAAUGACACUUGA